AUGGACGUGCCGGUUGCGGCAGUGUUUGAGAACACUGCCGCGGCCGUGGCCUGUGUGGCCUGGGUAGCCCUGCUCGUGGUGCAUUGGAAUGUGACGAAGGCGGAUGUGAAGUCCGGGCUGUGGCAGCUCCUCCACUUCGCGGAAGACUGGGCUUCUGGGAAGGGCUGGGGUCUCAGCCCCAUGGUGGCCCGCGUCGAGAAGGAGCUGAUAGAGGUCCGAGUGAAGAUCUUGAUGUUCUUCAACCGGCUAUGUGUUCACGUGGUUUUUAUUAUGAUCUUUCUCCAGCUUCUGGAGUUCUUGCGGGCACCCAGCCUGCACGCGGCGACUUGGUUGCUGCAAUCUGUGGCCGCAUACCUGCCUCACGUCCUGAUCAUCGCAGCCCCCGGGCUUUUCUCAUCUUCUCUUCUGCGCCCAAUGCAUCUGUUCUUCUUUGUGCUGGUCUUAACCACCGCGUUCGUGAGCGGCUCCGACAGCAAGGACGAGGUGUUUGGGCGGCUCGGCUUUUGCCUUUCAGCGCAAGUUGUUCAGGCAUUCAUUUUCCCUGUGGGUGCCGUGACGGUGGUGCAGUCCAUCUCUUAUGCUGCUGCCCACACAUGGGUCAUGGGGCAGGCGUUCGGAGCUGUAACCCUGUGGCUGGUAUUAUUCCACGUGUGCUUAAACGUUUUGGUCUCUUGCGCCCUCCCGGUAAUUUUCGAGUUCGCUGUUCGGGAAUGGAUUGUGGCAUCGUUUCAGUCGCAAGACUCGGACUCCUUGAUUGCGGGCUUUCGGCAGAUGCUGAAGGGGAUCUGUGAUGGAGAGCUGCUACUGGACGGCAACUUCCAGAUCUGCGGCACAGCGCCGUGCCUGCAACGACUCCUGUCAAGCAGCGACGACUUUGCCGGACGCAGCUUUCCGGACCUUUUGGCCGAUGAUGACGCGAGGAAACUGCUCAAUAACUUCCUGGCACCGGCCGCAGCCACGAGCGAUGCGGACGAAGGCGCAGAGGGCGGCAAGCGCUUGCAAUCCAGCGCAGGCGCAGCCCCGCGCUGCCUGCGCGUGCCUCUGCGGGCCCCUUCGGGCCAAGCGAUUUCGGUGGAUGUCUUCCACGUCCCGCUGCCUCCCAGUCUCUAUGGCGAGAGCACCGCCUACCACCUGCUUGCCCUGAAACAGGAUGUUGAUUUCAUGCCGCCCCCAGAA